AUGGCUGAGACAUUGGGGGAAGUUUGUGGACUGCUAAUUAUCCUUUGGAAUGGCUUUCUCGAACAUCCGGACCUCUGGACUCCCAGCAUCGAGAUUAGGGCCUCAAUCAAGGAGGCACAUCCCUCCAUUUUGGCUCUUAACUCCUCGGCAAGACCUACUGUUCAAAAUUCUCCUCACCCAGGCAUGCACCGAACCAAGCCCGAGUCACCUCAGUCGCACCUGUACCUCUUCGUCUCGUCUGCACUCGCCAUAGCCAGACGCACAGCCCCGCCGGGCCCGUCUGCCUUGGCCUUUUCGGCUGACUCAACAGCCGCGUUUCGAGUCGGUUGGGCUGCUCAACCUCGCACUCAACCCCCUCGGGAGGCUCUCUUCUACGAGGUGGUACGGCUCGGGGGCCUGUUUCGCGGGUCGCAAUGCCGACAUUGUGUCCUCAAGAGGUCACAGUCUGCACCGCGCCAGGCCUAA